AUGGCGGCCGAGCAGGCUGAACACGGCAUCAACGGCGUCGGAAACGACGUCAAGAAAGAGGAUGGAACUGAAACUGGGACCAAGAACAUCGGCACCUCAUCUCUCGAGGCGCUUCAGAGCAAGGACUCCCGCAAGAUCAUGGACACGGUCGACGAGCUCCGUCGAAGCGGCCUGGGCGGCAUCAUCAACCUACCGCAGCUCGUAGUCUGCGGCGACCAGUCAUCUGGCAAGAGUUCCGUCCUCGAGGCCAUAACGGAGAUCCCAUUCCCACGAAGAGAGAACCUGUGCACCCGUUUCGCCACCGAGAUCAUUCUCCGUCGUGCCAGCGUCGCCGCCGUCUCGGUCAAGAUCAUCCCGGACAAGCAGCGUCCUGAGCCCGAGCAAAAGAGUCUGAAAGCUUUCAAGAGUGUCAUUGUAGAUUUUGCCGAGCUUCCGAAGCUGAUGGAUGAAGCGACGAAAGCCAUGGGUCUCACGGAUGACGGCAAUGGACCAGCUCGUGCAUUCUCUCGCGACGUUCUCUCGAUCGAGAUCGCAGGUCCCGGCCGUCCUCAUCUCACGCUGGUAGAUCUGCCUGGUCUCAUCCACUGAGAAAACAAGAAUCAGUCCAAGGAGGACGUAGAGCUCAUCCGUGGCCUGAUGAACGACUACAUUAAGGAGCCUCGAACUAUCAUCAUGGCUGUCGUGUCAGCUAAGAACGACUAUGCCAAUCAGAUCAUUCUCCAGAAAUGUCGUGAGGUUGACCCGAAAGGCUCUCGCACCCUUGGCAUCAUCACUAAGCCUGACUUCCUGGAACCCGAUUCUGAGAAUGAGGAGUCAUGGCUUAACUUGGCGAACAACAAGAACAUCCGCUUUGAGCUCGGUUGGCACAUUCUCAAGAACCGGUCCGCCAAGGAAGCGAGCAACAGCUUUGAAGAGCGGAAUUCUGCCGAGACGGCAUUCUUCUCUCAGGGCAGAUAUCGUAGCCUGCCACGUGAAAUGGUUGGCAUUUCGGCGCUCUGCAAUCGUCUCAGCCAAAUGCUUUUCAAGCACCUGAGAUUUGAGCUACCGGGUCUGCGGAAGGAAGUCAACGAGAAGUAUAAGGAGACCGGCCACGAACUGGAUUUGCUUGGUGAUAAGCGUUCGACCGUUUCUGAUCAGCGUCGUUUCCUGAUGACGGUAAGCAAUGAGUUCCAAGAUAUCGUCAGAGCUGCGGUGACCGGACACUAUGAGCACGAUUUCUUUGGCGAUCUAGAUCCCGGUGAGCCAGUCAGCCACGAGAGCAACAUGCGUCGUCUCCGUGCUGUGGUACAACAUCAGAACUCUCAGUUCGCCACUGUCAUGCGCAAGUAUGGCCACAAAUAUGAGAUUGUCAACGAGGACGAUGAGUUGACCGUAGCGAGCGUCACAGAGCCAGUGCCUGCAUCGGCACAGUUAGUGGAUCUGGACGAGGGCUAUGCUGAGUUCGCGUUCUUACAGUUCGAAGUAUCACGCGAAGACGAAGUCAAGCGCGUUCGAAAGAUCAUGGUGCGUUCUCGUGGUCGCGAGCUGCCUGGUGCAUUCAACCCUUCGCUCAUCAGCCAACUGUUCUGGAACCAAUCAGCCAAUUGGAAGAUCAUGGCGGAAUAUCACGUCAAUCAAGUUGCUGCGGCCAUGAACGACUUUGUGAAAGCUGCGAUUGGCUUUUGCGUUUCUGAGGAUGUGGCCGAUCGCCUUCAGGCUCACAAAGUCGAUGCUGCUCUUGCCCAGCGCCUGGAGGACGCCAAGGCUGAGCUCUAUCGUGUCCUCGAGGAUACAAAACAUCAUCCCAUCACCUACGAUCCAGUCUAUGCUUCCAUCGUGCAGACAAUGCGGCACAAGAGGCAUGCUACUAGGCUGGAUGAGCUCGUCGAUCGCGCGGAGACCACGGUGUACAACGGGAGCAACAAGUCCCACGAGAAAUACCUAAGCCCAGCUGUCGUGAGGAGCGGUAUGGACAGUCUCAUGGAGCGUGACAUGGACAAGACGUCAGCCGAGGAAGCCCUAGACAGUCAACAAGCGUACUACAAGGUAAGAUUCCCUCAAAGAGCUGACAGGUCAGUGUAACUAAAUCCUGACACAGAGAGAAGUCGAGUACUUCGUCGCCUCUGUGGCCAAGCAGGUCAUCGAGCGCCAUCUUCUUCGUAACCUCGCCGGCAACACCAUAUCACCUAUCUUGGUCGGUGAUAUGACUGAUGAGGAUGUUGCCUUGAUCGCUGCUGAGCCAGAGGAGACGACUCGCAAGCGCGACUUCCUGGAAGCUCGCAAGAAGAUCUUCCAGUCUGCUCUUAGACUUUUGAAGUGA